AUUGUUGGACCUGACAAUCGAGUGGUGUAUGAGGGUGAAAGAGAGUCAAAUGGGAAAUACACGUUUGCCGCUCAUAUGGAUGGUGUUUAUAGAUAUUGUUUUAGCAAUAAGAUGUCUUCUAUGACACCAAAGAUUGUAAUGUUUUCUAUGGAGGUUGGUGAUGCACCUAAAGUUAUGGAUACUGGAGAAGAUCACACUAAACUUGAAGAAAUGACCAAUCAGUUAGCAACAGGACUUACUGGAAUUCUACAUGAACUGCAGUACAUGCAAGUUAGAGAAAGGGUCCACAGAGCAAUUAAUGAUAACACCAAUUCAAGAGUAGUUUUAUGGUCAUUUUUCGAAAGUUUAGUACUUGUUGCCAUGACACUGGGACAAGUUUAUUAUCUGAAGCGAUUCUUUGAAGUCAGAAGGGUAGUUUAAAGGGUCGAAUCAGGUAGUUGAGAACAGUGUUUGUUUUAUUUCACAAUUGUUAACCCCAUACCAUCAGAAACCUUUAUCAGAUAUGUUUAUCAGAUAUGAUAUAUUGAAAUGUUAGAGUAAUUAAUUCCUAAAGGUAUCUUUUUCUUCUGUCAUGAUUCUACAGUUUUAUUUUAUAGAGUUAUUUGUUUUUUUUUU